UCCACUUACAAGUUUUACCCAAAUAGGACAUUUCAUUGAAUUGGAAAUCUUCAACGAAUCAUCACUUUCCUUCCUUACAAAUACCAGCCUCCACGCAGAACAGAAGAAAAUCAAUCUCGUUCCUCUUGUCCAGAGAAAAAAUCAAUCUUGUUCGUGUUGAACCAGUCUUUGGCGUGGAGAUGGUCGCGGGUUCGAGACUCUGUGCAGGUGCCCUGCUCCUGUUUCUGGUCUUCCUGGCCGAUGUGGAGGGCUCUUUGGGUUCUACAGGUGCUCUGUGGGGCGAUGGAGAUUUCAUGAAAAUUUCAAAGAAGAAGACUUGUGAUGGGUCGAUCGGGGAGUGUUUUGGAAAGGAAGAAAUGUUGAUGGAUUCAGAAAUUAACAGGAGGAUUCUGGCGACGUCGCAGUACAUAAGCUAUGAAGCGCUGAAAGCGGAUUCUGUGCCCUGCAGUAAGAGUGGGACGUCUUAUUAUAACUGUGGGAGUUCUGGGCAGGCCAAUCCUUACAGCAGGUCUUGUACAGAGAUUACUCGCUGUGCCAGAGAUACUAGCUGAGAGAUUUUCUUCUUUCAUCGUUAUGAUUUUCUGUCUCUCUGUAAGUUUAAUAAAAUCAUGUGGGGAUUGGGGAUUUUCAUUGAUGUUUUCUUUAUGGUUUGUGCUUUAAUUUGUAGGCCUUCUCUUCAAGGGCUUCUCAUUAAUAUGCACUCCUGAAACGUUUCAGUUUCUGUGUAAAUUUGCUGGUGGGAUUUGAUAUAGUUUAAUUGGCAUAGAAAUUCAUGGGUCCAAGUUAUUUUCUUAUUUUAGAAGAUGUCCUCUUGUGAUAUGUCGAGAAUAAUGAGCCAAAUCACAACCAUUGCAAAGUGUUAAGAAUAAAGGGCCUCCAUAUGUAGUUAUUGGCUUUUACUAAAAUCAAGCUUGAUGAGGAGUGCGUUUUGGGUA